AGCCCCGGGUGUGCUCGGCCUCUCGCCUCUGCCGGGCUUCGAUGACCAUCGGCAGCAGCAUGAGCAGCGGGUACUGCAGCUUGGAUGAGGACCUCGAGGAUUGCUUUUUCACGGCAAAAACCUCUUUCUUCCGGAGCACACCGAGCAAGGUCCCUGCCAAGAAUGUAACACAAACAGUAGAAGAAGAAAAACCUGAGCCUCCGACCAUCCAGGAGAUCAAACAGAGGAUUGAGAAGUACAAUGCAAAGGUUACAAACUGCCUGUUGAUGAAGCUGAACGAUGAUGGGACAUACACAGGAUUCAUUAAAGUGCAUUUGAAGCUGCGGCGCCCUGUGACGGUGCCAGCAGGGAUCCGGCCACAGUCCAUCUACGAUGCCCUCAAGGAGGUGAACCUGGCCGAUAUGACGGACAAGAGAACCUCCUUCUACCUGCCGCUGGAUGCCAUCAAGCAGCUCCACAUCAGCAGCACGACCACGGUGAGCGAGGUGAUCCAGGGGCUCCUCAAGAAGUUCAUGGUGGUGGAUAACCCCCAGAAGUUUGCACUGUUCAAGGAGAUGAGGAAGGACGGGCAAGUGCUCUUCCAGAAGCUCCCUCUCACCGAGUGCCCCCUGUACCUCCGGCUCCUGGCGGGUCCUGACACAGAUGUGCUCAGUUUUGUGCUGAAGGAAAACGAAACAGGGGAAGUUGAGUGGGACGCGUUCUCCAUCCCAGAGCUUCAGAACUUCUUGAUGAUACUGGACAAAGAAGAAAAGGAAAAAAUCCAGCAAGUGCAAAGGAAGUAUGAGAAGUUUAAACAGAGACUGCAACAGACCUUGAAAGAAGCCAAUGGGAAGCCUGGAUAACCCUUUGGAAGCACUGGGAUCAGACUAAGCUAGAUAGUACUUUUAAAAUGAAAAGACACUUCUCAGGACACCUUAUAGUAGUGACCCUCCCUCUUCAUCCUCUCCUGAAGUCCUUCAAGUGAACAUAUUGCAUUUUCUCCUUCUGAAAGCUCUUCUCCCAGAGCCAGAGAAUGGGGAGCCUGUUUUCAAACCACGCUGCUCAACCAACCAAACACCAUCAGAGGAGCUCCAUGGGAAGUGCUCCGUGUUGCAACCCAACAGGAACAUCUACUGGCUGAUGUCUUGAGCAGGGUCACACUUGCUAUUAAUGCUCCUCCCAGUGACUUGCGUGUCCUCAUGUGGAGGUGCUGAGCUCACUGCGUGUGCCCACGUAGCUGAGUUCUGGUUUCAUAAGUAGAGCACAGGAAGCAGGAGGUGGUUGCACCAAACCAUGUGGGUGUUGCAGCCAUAACCAAGGCUGUUUAUGGGCUUGCUCAGGGCUGAGAGAGGAAGGGAAAUGUCAAGUUCUGAGCCCAAGGCAGCUGCAACACCCAAAGAGUUGUUAGUACACAUUAGUGAAACCUGGUGAUCCUAACUAUAGGGAAAAGUAAUCUGUUUUGAUUCUAUUUAACUUCCAGUUGUGAAAACAGAUGUGAAUGAAAGCACAUCCCCUGAUGCUCAGCUGAGUUAGCUGGCGUUUAACCAGUGUUCUACCCGGUAGUAAUUGGGACCUAUGUUUUAAGACAUUCUGUUUGGAAGGUGUAAAGAUGAUGGUUGAGGCUGAUGGGUCGAUACUGAACGUUUAGCAAUACACAUCCACCAGAGCAAUCCAGGAAAAGUCAAACCUAACCCCUUUCAUAAACUGAUGAACAGGUCUGGCACCAAGGGAGAGGAGCUCCAACCAGAGCCAGGGUGUGGAGGUAGCACCAGGAGCCUUCACACCAGGAAGAGUAAGAGUAGCCUCAGAUGCUUUCUGCCCACCUCUGAUAUGCUUUACCCAUUGAUCCUCCUUGUGCUGCUUUCCCACUACUCCUGUCCAUGGCAAACCAGCUUCUCCUUCCCUGCGCUGCUCUCUACAUGUGCUGUCCUCUUUCCUUCCUUCCCCACGUGCAACUGGUGCUCUGCCUGCAUGCCCAGGUUCUGCUCUCUAUGUGGAGCUAGGAGAGGACAGCAAGUGUCUCUCUCCCAUUCUCAGGGCUCCCACCAUCUCUGACCCAUGCACUUCACAAAGAUCCUUGAGCUGGAGCAUCAGUUAAUGCCACAACUCCAACAAGAGCCCCUGGUCUUGCUGAUGCUGUGUCUGCAGGGCAAGGAAGGCUGUGGGGAUGCUGGUCAGAGGAUGGUUCCUGUGUUUACUCUGCUCAGUGCUUUGUACUGAGCACGCUGCUCACAGCCAGGGUCAGUCUUCCCUUGGUUUACACCACAAAGUGUAAAGAGAAAAGGGAUGUUAAUGCAGGUGGAGCAUGUGAAAGGGUUUUGUGUUGGCUUGAUGAGCAAGUGUCCCUGCGAGCUUGCUGUAGGCUGCAGUUGGUCCCACCUGACAUGGGAAGAGAGGCAACAAGUUAUUGGGGAACAGUGACCACAGAGACCAUGUGGAAGAGUCCAAAAUUUACCUCAGUGCCUUUUUUCCCCCCCCCCCUUAAGUGUAAAAUGUUUGCGUUUGGGCUAAGGAGGAAUCUGGAAGGGGCUUUUGAAAGGCCUUGUCAGUCCUGUCCCCCUCUGAUCCCAAAGUACUGUUGUGAUGAGGCUGCUGCUGUCCGCAGAGGGAUGAGGAACCGUUUUGUUUCUUUCUUGAAGGUGACUGCUUGGGAUUCUGUUUUGUUCCCCCUCGGAUUUGUACUUGAGUGUUUAUAAACCAUAAGAGAGUACCUGCAUCACUGAAAGCCCCUUGGUUUGUGUGAAUGCCCCUUUCUGCAAGCUUCCUUGCAGCUCAUGCUUUAGUCAGUGGUGUAAAAGGGUUUGCUAACAGGGCUCUGGCCUCUGGCACGCAGUGCAGGAAGGGCCUCCCAGCUGUACUGUACUCUACACCCAGAUGACCUUUAACAACGCGGCAGCAGCCCAAAUGGAGCAGCACUUUUCAUGCUCUGGGGCUGUUUGUCCCUUUAGAAGAAUGCUUAUUACUUCACUGUGCACUUGUGAAGUGAUUUAAAUAUCAUUGAUGGAGUGCUUUGAGUUUCAAAGCACUGUAUAAAUACUUCUGUUCCGUCCAGAGCAAGAACACUGUAAAAACUGCCAUUGGUUCUGAGAAGUAAGAUCCAGAUGCUUGGUUUUAAAUCCCUUAAACCUUUCUGGCUAAAAGUUGUAAAGCUUUCCUCUUUUGUUGUUGAGUUUUGGUGACUGUUCCCCUCUCCCUCCUUGGAACCCAGCAUGUCUUUGUAGAAGGCAUGGCUUCUUAUGCAAUUACUGUGAAUGCUGCUGAAAACCUCCUGCAGGGAGGGCUGUUUCUUUUGGUUUUUCAAGAUAUGGGGGCAUCUGAAGAAUCAGUAGAUCUCGAAACUCAAACUCUCUGUGUUUAGGAUGGAAGCAUCAGCCCCUGAAGCGCAAACUCCUGUUGGCAGUGCCUUUGGUUUCGCAUCUUGUCUUGCCUAGUUGGUGUGAGUUUACUUUUCAUGUCUCUUGUAAACCAUGUAAAAUAUUGUGUAUAGAAUGGACUAGCAAAGCUUCUAUGGCAAAGUGAGAUGCAUUUUGCAAUGCUGUAAUUUAUUUUUACUACUCCCCUAGUAAUUCUAUGGCAUUUUUAUUAAAAAAUGUCUCACUUCCAGCUUCUUUUGAAGGUUCUGAAACUCCUUGUUCAUAUGCAGACAGUGUAAAAGAUGAUAAUAAAACUGUCAGUAAUGAAA